AUGAUAAUAUCAGAUAUACCUCACGAUUUACUGCUCGACAUUCUGUGUAGAUUGCCCGUUAAAUCAUUAGUUCGCUUUAAAACGGUGCAUAGCGAAUGGUUUUCUUUGAUUUCGAAUCCACAGUUUUGCCGUCAGCAUCUUCAGUUUCAUGCUAAACAGACCGGUCAGAAGUACGGAGCUAUCGAACUUCGGGACAGACACACCUUGCAUCCGUCCCUUUUUCUUCGCAUUAUUGACAUUGUUGAUAAUCAUCAUCAUGACUAUGAGCUUGUAGAGAUUCAAAAUGUUUAUGAUAAGCUGGUCUUUAAAAGAUAUGAUUAUCCUAAGCUGCUUGGUUGCUGCAAUGGAUUGUUACUAAUAAGUCUUUCAACUUGCUUGGAAAAUUUUAUUUUGUGGAAUCCAACGAUUAGAGAGUACAGGAGAAUCCACAGAGAAAAUCACGACAGGCCGCUGUUCAACGUAAUGUAUAUGGCGGGAAUUGGCUACGAUAGCUUGAACAACAAUUACAAAAUUGUGGUGGCAGAGUCCUAUAAGUUCCAUAAAGAUUCAAUUGAAGUUCACAUUUAUGACCUGAAGAAAUCUUCAUGGGAAGCAAGAAAUUAUUAUUUCCCUUAUAAGUUCGUAUUAGGUAACACCCCGGUUAUCACUCUGCCGAAUGGAAUUCUGCAUUGGCAUGUGAAAACGAAGGACGAAGGUCGAAAUGUGAUAUUAAGUUUUGAUUUGGCAGAAGAGAUUUUCAAUGAAGUUCCCCUUCCUGAAAAUAUAUAUGAUUUUAGUUAUUUAUCUUCUUUAGACGGGUGUCUUUCUAUCGGCAUAAGAAGACGUUUUGCUCCAAUAUAUGUGUGGAAGAUGAGAGAGUAUGGGAUUAAAAAAUCUUGGAUCAAGUUAACAAUUUCUUUUCCUAUUAAAUACAGAUGUCUCGGUUACUUAAUGCCAUUUGAAAUUCUCGAGAAUUAUAAAGUUGUAAUGAAUGUAGAUACAAAAGAUAUAGCUAUUUUCGAUGUCAUUACACAUUUUUAUGAGUUUGUUCCGGAGUCACGGCGAAUUCAUAAUUUUACAGUAGCUGCAUUUAACCAAACUCUUGUAUCUCCCUAUCAGUAAUAUUAUCU